AUGAUCGUAAAGCACGGCAAUUGUUUCUUACAAUUGUCCAAGCUCCGUCAGAUUGUGACUAAUAUGAUCAGCGAUUGGCAAAAGAAAAUGAUCGACGAGGAGUUGGCGAUCAUGAAUAAGUACGCCAAGAGGGGAGCGUUGUUCUCCUUUCUGUAUAGCACUGAGGAAAAGAACAAUAUUCGACUAACUAUAUACAUUGGAGUGUCCGUGUUUUCUACCGCGCCCCUCAUACCGUUCAUCCUGGACCUAAUUUCACCUUUGAACGAGUCUCGUCCACGUUUGUACGCCUAUAAAGCCUACUGUUACUUCAAUCCGGACGACUACUAUUAUUACGUCGUGGGAUAUCGUUUCGAGUAUGCGGUGGCCACCGUUGAAAACUCAACGAAGGAGGAAAUAUACAAAAUGAGGAGAGCAAGUUAUAUGAAACUUCGUGCAGCUUUCCAAAGUCACAAUGCAGCUAUGGAAUGUCUGAUGAAAAUUGAGGCGACGUACACGUUGAACCUGGUUCCUCAGGUAUUCAUCACGAUUGUAGUAUUCAGUGUCACGUUGUUCCAGAUAGCCGUGACAGAAAUUAGCUUCGAUAUAUGCAGAUUGUGCACGUUCCUGAUCGCACAAACUGUACACAUGCUGUUUUUGACGAUUCAGGGACAGUUCGUGAUCGAUUCGCAUGAUACAGUAUACGAGGCAAUUUGGUAUAAGAUGCCACCUAAACUUCAGUUGCUAGACGUUGUAGCGCUUAGAAAAAGCCUAACUCCUCCUAUACUGACGGCGGGAGGGUUGAUGCGGUUAGAUUUGAAUUCUUUCGCACAGCUGCUGAAAGCUUGCGUCUCGUAUUAUACGGCACUGCGACCUAGCUACUCGGUCGAGAAAUUCUAG